UAGGUAAAUGUAGGUCUGCCUCCUUUGAAAAUACAUGUACACGCGUAGGCGCACAGACAACAGACCCGUACCUAGCUCUGGAAUUAGGAAGCACGCUUUAGACUAGUACCGCUGCUACAUGCAAGAGUGCUGCACUGUCCUUCCCUAUUCACGUACAUGUCAGGUCAAUGCCAUGCCAUGCCGCGUAUCUGCUGCCGCCACGAUUAGACGGUUUGGCUGAAAGUACCGACUACCGAUAUCCGGUUGUCACUAAACUUAAUGUUUUUUGAGCGUGGACAUGAUGGAGGUGCCGCCAUCUGCAAACCUGUAAAUGGUAGUUUGGUGGAUUUUUAAUGUGGUCUAGUCGCGGCGUUGCCGGACCAAGCCUGAUUGAUCACCACUGAAGAUCCUGCUCAAGCCUCUGCACGUGACGGGGAAGGGCACAUGUCAAAGGACUACUAUUUGCGGGUGCAUUUGAAUGGUCAGAGUUGCAAGGGCUGUUGAUGGAAGGGUGACCACUUGACUUGACUUGAUCUGAAGCAAAGAUUAUCUCCGAUCUUCUCAGUCUACUUAUUUGAUGGUUACACACCUACAUGUACCCUGCCUAGCCCAGAAUUUGACAUUUCAUUGCUGUGCAGACAAGGAUAGCAGCAUUUGUAGGACCUGGAUGAAGGAAUGGCCCAACUUGCCUGUUCAUCCUCCAAUGAAGAUUUGAAUGCAAAUUACUGUGCCCUGGACCAUUGCUAUUCACCAGCCAUUAUAGUUGGUAACGGUCCGUCAGGAAUAAGCCUGUCCUAUCUCUUGUCUGGUAAUUGGCCUUACUACACCGGCGAGCCCCACCCUGACCCCUACCUUCAUGCCAGAUUACUGGAGAAUGAGGAACAGUCUAUUCUGCAACAGGAUCUGGAAUUCUUGAGCAGCGGUCUGGAAGGCAGAUCUCACAAUCCGGUGGCGGUUCUGUUUGACAAUCUGUACCAGCCCAAUGCCGAUUUGGUUGAUGAUGAGAAAUCCCGCCUGGAAUGGAGGUACCAUCCAGCCAAAGCGGUGGCCCACAGGGUGCUGGGCAGAGGGCCUCCUGGAGGCUCAUGGAGGGACAUGGACGACUCGGUGCGUACCCUGAGCCAAGGCAGAUGGAUGGAACUUCCAGGUGUCAACUUCUCCGACUGGGUGGCAGAGUACAGGAAGCGUGUGGGGAAGUGCUGUAACAGCAGUGACAAUCGUGCUACUUUGGGAGAUGUUGGGCGGUACUACAAAGAGUACGUGGAGACCAUGGGCCUGGAGAAAUCAUUCCGACCUUACACCCUUGUCACCUCGGUCCAACGUCUCAAAGGCAGGCGCGUGAUUAACAGUGAGAGUGGAGAGCCGGAGAUCCAGUGCCAACGCUGUCGCAAGUACGAAGGUCAGAACCUCUUUGAGGUCAAGGGUCACUUUCUCAGGGACACCACGUGCUGCGAGAAGCAGGUCAGCGCCUGUGACUCCUUCACGGUGCUGACACCCAACGUGAUCCUGGCCACGGGCAUGGUGGGCAUCCCCAACCGGUUGAACGUGCCCGGGGAGGACCUGCCUUAUGUCUUGUACAGUGUCAAGGAUUUGGAGGUAGCCAUCCAGCAGGAGGAUGUGCACUCCAACUCGGACCCGGUCCUGAUCAUAGGAUCGGGCCUGAAUGCCGCCGAUGCUGUCUUGGCUGCCCAGAGCGCUGGGGUGCCCGUUGUCCACGCCUUCCGCCGCUCGGCCUUUGACAAGGUACUGAUUUUCUCCAAGCUGCCCGAAUCGGUGUACCCGGAGUAUCACAGAGUUCACCUGAUGAUGCAGCAGCGCGGAUGGGAGGAGGGGGCUGCAGAUCGCAGCUACAUCAGCCUCCCACAGCACACGGUGCAUGAGUUUCAGCCCGGCCACAGGGUCGCUGUCAAGGGUCCCAAUGCAUGCGGGUACGUCAGGGUGUCCGUAGCAGUGGUCCUGAUCGGCUCUCGGCCGGACCUGACCUUCCUUCCCAAUGACGGCACCCACUUGGGUGUCCAGUCCGACGGGUCCCCUAUCACCUACCAGCACAAUCCCAUUGAGGUGAACCCAUACACCAUGGAGUCCACCGCAGAGACCGGCUUGUACGCCAUGGGGCCACUUGUGGGGGAUAACUUUGUGCGGUUUGCAAAAGGCGGGGCCCUGGCCAUCGCAAGCCACAUCUGUAAGAAACUUCAGGAUGCUACUGACCCGUAAGAAACGUCAGGAUGUUACAGACGUACUUUCCAAAUAUCUGACAAGCUGUGUGCAACUGAAUGAAAAAUCAGUUCCGUAUCAUGUGUGAUCGUUCCAAGCCACCAUGCCUAAUUGUGAUGGAAUAUAAAUUUUGAGGGUUUUGUAGCUUUAUGUGCUGCUGUGUAAUUAUUUUCAGGUCUAAGUGCCAAAAUAUUUCUAUUAAUUCAAUUUUAAAAAUCAAAAUGCUUGUAACGCACAUGUACAUAAAACCUCUGGCAUACGUUUUUGGAAUUUUUGUUUUUUCAAAGUUGAAUCAUGCAUUCAACCAAUCCCUGAACCACUUCCACUUGGUAUUGAUUUUGGUCAAAAUGCUCACUUUCAAAAAAGAGACAUGCACAACCAGCCAACUCUGGCUGGGGGUUAGGGUUUCAAGUGGAUUUGACUUCAAAUAAUGUGUAAAUAAGCAAUUGGAAAAAUCAGUAAAUGCUCAAAAAUUAGUAACAGUUCAAAUGAUGACAUCAUUAUGGUGUCACUUCACACAUACAUGUGUUCAUGUAUGAUCAGGACUUCAGAUUCUGCCUAUCCAUUGAAUUACAUGUCAGAAUAAAAAAUUGCUCUUGUUGAAGAUAUCAUGAUCUUACAGAAUUUUCCUAACAACCCACGCAUUUAGUUGGCCAAGCUCACAUUUUGCAAAAGAAUUUUGCAAAUAAUGCAUACAGCACUCAUAGAAAAGCGAUGGUGUCAUCAAGACUUCAUCUCACUUUUCAGCUACAUCACUCCUUGUCUGUGCGCAUAUGAAGUUUGAACCCAAUGGUACUUGUAGUUCACUUGAUAAAUGUGAUGUAAUGUGACACUUGAUGUCAUCGCGACGUCUGUCUUGAUUGUUCCGCUUUGAUGCCUUAAGGUCUCGGUUCAAAGUUUUGUUAAAAUAUAAGCUUAAGAAGUGACCAAAGUGGCAUUCAGGUAAGAAAAAAGGAACAAAGACUAGGGGAUUUGGGAUUAUGGAAUAGGAAAUUUAAAAAGUGAGGGAAAAAACCCAACAGAAGUUAAGGCUUCUCCACUAUUUACUGAGAGAAAAAAAUGGGCAAAGGAACAAUUGAACUCUUCUCAGGUUAUGUAUUAAAGGACCACAAAGGACCACAUUUAUUGUGUAAAUUUCGUAAUAUUGUUCCAUGUAAACAAAUCACCUGAAAAUUAGUCACAGGCUGAUUAGCUGGCAAGGUUUGUUUCUCUGAUAGGCCGGUUAGAGCUGUUAACUGAGGAAAACAAGGGUUGUGGACAUUUGAUAGUGGGCAGGCACCCUUGUCUCAGAGUACAUGGUAUAUUGGAGAUAUGUAGAGAAGAUUUUCCAGUGCACACCGUGCCUUCUCUCUGUGUGAUUGCAUGUAGAAUUUACUUUUGAGCAUAUUUUGAAACCUAAACUAGAGGCUUUAUUUUCAACAUCUGCACACUGUGUUAGUAGACCAUUUAUAAUUUAAAAGUAUGUUUGUACAUGUAUUUUACUGCUGCAAAGCACCUUUAUUCAUGUGGCGUAUGAACUGAUGUUUAUCUUAACACAGGCGAUUCACAAGAGUGCACCUCCAAGAGUUUGCAACGCGUUGGCCAGUCACGAUGCGCGAAAUCUAUUGACCCAGUGUGCGUUUGGAAGGGGUCGACAGAUUUUGCGAAAUCUAUUGACCCAGUGUGCGUUUGGAAGGGGUCGACAGAUUUUGCGUGUUGUGAUUGGCCAACGUGUUGCAAGCUCUUGGUGGCGCACUAUAGUGAAUCACCCGUAUUAUGUAUAUCUCUGAGAAUUAUUUGUGCAAUAAUUGUAUUACGUGUACAUGUAGAUUUCCCCCUCAUGAUGAGAAUCCACACCUACAAGAUGAAGGUCGCAAGUUAUAAGUGGCAUGCUGUGCACACACUCCAGUCUUUUCUCUCCACCUCUGGCAAGGACUUAACCCAACUGCCCACCGGUGUUGGUUUAUUACCGUUGAAAAGUUCUUUGUCCUGUGUGAGCUAAUGUACAUUUACAUGUAUGUAUAUGCUCCAUGCAGGAACAAGAAACGGCAUACGUUUACGUAGCAAUGACAGCUCUUCGGUGGUUACUCACCGUGUGUGUGCACAGCUUAGCAUGCAUUUGGCAUAAAGACGUAACCGAGCACGUGCAGCUGACUUCCAUUUGAAUGUAUGUACUGUUAUGCACAUCUCCGCACCCACACCAGGCACCCAGGUGAUGUGAUGCCAGGAACCUAUCAUUAGGAUUGAUAGUAACUGCAGUUGUAGAUGAAGACAGAGGCUGUGUCCAAAUCGCUUGGCGAGGGCUUGAAAUUACGCACGGCUCUACUGCAAAUGAUUGUGGCCACCUACGGGCACAGACUCGUGCUUAAAUUCUAGCCGCAGCCAGAGGUUGAGCUGACCCAUAGCUGCCAUGAAGCAUGUGCUGGUGCCAAGACCCUAUGUAGAUUGUGCACAGUGUUCCUGCCCUAUGCCUUACCACUGUAGGGAAUAGAGUUACCGUAUGUUUGUUCAGUGAUAUCUCAAAAACCUGAGUAUUCAACUGAACUCUCUGUUUUCCCAGGUUUUGUAAAGCAGGUCUCCUAUUUCUGAUGCCGUGAACGUCUUGACUGAUUUGAUUUACAACUUGUCACUUAUGUGAAUUCUGUGCUACACAUAAACAUGUUCAUCAGUAGAAGACAUUAGUCAGAUCUCGCUAGAGCAUCCAUUCACAUUCGCGUACAAUGUAUUCAUGUCAAGAAUAAGAUUGUGCUAGAACUCUUGGUUUUGCCUUUUAUGCUGGAUCAGCGUUGGGGCAAAUGUUAGUUGAAUUCCUCAGGGCAUGAAACAUUACCCGAGAACAGGAUCUGUAAACAGCAGUAGGGAAGCUGUAAAAUAUUCCAUGAGUUUUUGUGUACAAAUGUUUUCAAAUUCAAAUCAAGCUCUUCUGGACAAGCCAAGUUGACAAUUGAAGCACCUGGUACCAUAUCUAACUUGAGCCAGGACAGUGUAAUAUUCAUUUUGAAAUGACAGGCAAACGCACAUAAGUUCAAACACACUUCAGUGAGGACUGUUAAGUUCCAUCUGACCUUUGUGAAAGGUCCAUGCGUGCUGCAUUAAUUUUAUAAUUAUAUGUGUCACCUCACAAUAUUUUGAACCCUAAAAGACCUAAAUUCUUCACUGUUGGAGUGGGGGCCGUUUGGGUUACUAAUUUCAGACUUUUGCGACUUCAUCAUGGGCAACAAAAGUAGGCAUUAAUCUUGGCCUGUUUUACAGCACAAGAAAUAAGAGAGUUUAUUGCAGGGUAGUUCUAAAUUCAUACGUGUAUGAAUUGAAUAUGUAAAACAUUGCUGUUAGUAUGGUACAAUUGUUUGAAUGGAUAUAAAUUCACUGCAGAAAAAUUGUCAUUUUCUGUUAAUUUUUGUAACUGAUCCCAACUAUAUUUCAAAGGUGGUAGGAAAAAAGGAUUCUUAGUGUUAUAUUUAUAUAUAUUUAAUAUUGGAAUCUACUUGUAUAUUAACAUGAAAUAAAAUGACAUACAUCAGAGAA